AUGCUUGGGAAGCUUGUUACGGUUGCUCAACAAACCCUUGAUCAUAAGGUAAUUUCUUAUGCUUGUAUUUGUGUGGAAAUUGACUUGAAUAACCCCUUGCCAGAAUCUCUUGAAAUCUAUCUUGGCUCCUCUUCUUGGGUUCAGUCGCUUGAUUAUGAGUCCAUGCCUUUCCGUUGUCGCGUCUGUCAUGAAUAUGGACAUAUUCAAUGGCAAUGUCCUAAGGUUAAUAAAAAUUCUCAUUCUAAUAGGCCCUCUCCUUCUUCACUACCUAAGGAGGCUGAAGCAAACACAGAGAAAGCUCCUAAGAGUGAUGCUGAUUUGGGUAAGGAUAAGGAAGGAUUUGUUCCUAUUAAAUCUCGGGCAAGGAAUCAUGGGCAAAAAAGAUCUUUCAGAGAUAGGCAAACUGAUGAGGGCCUCAAUCAGUUUGAGGUAUUGAAUUCAUUGGCCUUAGAGGAGGGAAUUCCGAUGGAUGCUAUUUUGAAUAAGGAUUUAGGUUCUGAUUCCCACAUUUCACAUAAUACUAUUGUGGUGCAUAAUCCACAUGUUGUUCAGGAUCAAAAUGUGACCAUGGAUGAGCCUUUACAAGAUGACAUGGUUCUUGUAGAUUGGGCUAAGGCAGUUUGUGACAGGAGUAAGGAUUCUUCUCACAGUCUCGGUGUGCAACAACACCCUCUCAAGAAAGGUUCUUUUGCUCCUUCUUCUACAGUUGGUCGAAAGAAGGAUCAUGAAAAGAUUAAAUUUAUUGGAGAUUUAUUGGUGGAGUCUGGGUCUGUUAAGACCAUUAAUGCUCACUUUUCCCCAUCUCCUCCAAGAUUUUUCUCUCUUGGAAUUAUGCUUCUCGUAUCUGGUAUUUCGGUCAGUGUCAAUGCAUUGGCUCUCAUGAUGGAUGUGCUUGCUUUAGUGGAUGUUAAGCCUUCUAAUGGGAUUUUUACUUGGAAUAAUAGAUGGAGUGGAGAGGAAGCGAUUUUUGAACGGUUGGAUAGGUUUCUUGUCUCUUGUUUUUGGGUUGGCGAUGAUUUGGUUACUAUUUCCGAAAUUCUAGACUGGAAAGGUUCUGAUCACUGGCCUAUUAAAUUUUCUGCUUCUUCUUUUCUUGCUCCAAAGAAUCCUCCUUUUAAAUUUCAGCUUAUGUGGCUUCAGGACUCUUCACUACAUGACUUAGUGGCUAAGUGGUGGAGAGAGGGAGGCCCUUCUUUUGGCACAGCUAUGAAGAGGAGUGCUUUGGAAUGUCUUGUUGUGAUUACUCACCAGAUAUGGGGUAAUGGUUUCUCGGAUGCUCUCAGAAAAGAGAAAUCCCGAGUUGUGUGCAAUGUGGAGGAGUGGGAGCUUCGUGAGGAUAUUUUUUGA